AUGGAUACUGAGAAAGGGAUAUCUCCACGCGUUAACUCUGCGCGUUUAGCCAAUUUUGUCGGCCAGGAGAUCGAUGGAAGUAGGGUGACUGUGGAGGCUAGCGAUGGUGGUCAAGUGAAUGUGCAGGCUUUGCCAAACACGGACAUCUCAGAGACCUACAUCGAGGUCGUUGGACGCGUCCAAGACGCUUCGACCAUCCAAAUGCAUGCGUGUAUCAACCUUGGGGCCAAUCUCGAUAUGAAGCUCGUGAAUGACACGAUAGAGCUGAUCCACGAUCCACGCUUCUACUCGAAGAUAUUCUCUUAA